AUGGAUGUUCAGCCAAUCAACAGAACAGAAACAGCUCCUCGUCACAUCAGCGGGCGACAACGCCGCAGCCACCAGAGACGCAAAGCCCGGUGGAUGGAGAAGUCUGUCUCUCUCAGCAGUCUCACUGACUCGACCAUGUCCCUCAACAUCAUCACUGUGUCUCUGAACAUGGAGAGGUAUAACUCCCUUGGCGUCAGUAUAGUGGGUCAAAGUUACGAAAGAGGAGACGGAGGAAUUUAUGUCGGCUCCAUCAUGAAAGGAGGAGCAGUCGCAGCGGAGGGACGCAUCGAGCCUGGAGACAUGUUACUGCAGGUGAAUGACAUCAACUUUGAAAACAUGUGUAACGACGAUGCUGUUGGAGUCCUGAGAGACGUCGUCCACAAACCAGGUGCAGUGACGUUGACCGUGGCAAAGUGUUGGGAUCCGAACCCUCGGAGCUGCUUCCCGUUGCCGAGAAGUGAACCUGUCCGCCCCAUCGACCCCGCUGCCUGGGUGUCUCACACCGCCGCCAUGACCGGGAAGCUCCUCCCACAUUAUGGCGUCAAUGAAGAACACCACCUCACCAUCCACAGUGACAUCACAGAUGUUGUCAAGGCAAUGAUUAAUCCAGAGUCAGGCCUGGAGGUUCGGGACAGGAUGUGGUUGAAGAUCACGAUCCCUAACGCGUUUAUCGGGUCCAACGUGGUCGACUGGCUCCACUGCAACGUGGAAGGUUUGACUGACCGCCGCGAAACCAGGAAGUACGCAGGGAACUUGCUGAAGGCCGGAUUCAUCCGAAGCACCAUCCACAAGGUCACGUUCUCCGAGCAGUGCUACUACGUGUUCGGAGAUGUCUGCGGUGGUCUGGGUCUGAUGUCUCAACUGGACCAUGUCUCCAGUCAAGGAGGAGGAUCAGAGUUUGACCCUCCAGGUGCUGGACCCCAGUGGCCUCCAGCCUUCCCCUACCUGUCCCCCAUCAUCCCUCACCCCUACAGCUGUCCUCACCCCCCCAACCAGCUGCCGGCCUGGGAGGGAGGAAGUCGUCACAGUGAAGGAAGCAGUGAAUCAAGCUGCAGUGAUGGUCAGAAGGAGGGAGGAGCCAGCCAAUCACAGCGCUCCAAACAACUCGUUAAGGAGUUUGCCAACGACAACAGGGCCCGGUGACCCCUGUCCUCCAUUUCUGGUCUCCAUAGCAACAAGUACCCAAAGGACCCCCCCCCCCCGUCUCCCGAUCGAAGACAACACGUGUCCUCAGUCUCAGGCGCCAGGCAGCCCCUCCACCUCGCCAUGGGAAACCCCGGGGAUUACUUUGCAGAUGUAAUGUGACUCCCUCCCACGACUCCGCCCCCUGUUACCUGAUGUCACUGUUUGUCUUCACUCCUCCUGAAUAACAUGAAUAUAUUAUGAUGUCACAGAUGCGUCUGUACAUUCUGCUUCAUUAUAAAAUCUCAAUCUUCCUGUGCUGAGUUUCCUGUCGCCGUCUUUCCAAAAUAAA